AUGGGGAUACAGAUGGAGGUCCCCGAGAACCACACAUCGCCUGCUGCAACUCCAGCACAUGCCCGCGCCUCUCCCAACAGCCCUAGCACCACGAGCUCAGACCCCUCGCGGGCGUCGAGCCCUUCCGUGACCCAGCCUCCCCCUAUAUCCGCAUCCUCCGCGGCCCAAGCCGCGGCAACCUCCGUCGUCUUACCUGCCCCAUCAACCCCACCAGCCGCGCCUGGUCCACCGCCACCGCAGCCCCCAUCCGACUCGCGGGUUGCGCCCUCCGCAGCAACAGCUGCCUGGGGAGACGGGCAGACCGAUAUCAGCGACGGUAACCCUGCCGCACCGGGCAGUAGCAGUAGCAAUGGCCGCAGCGCCGCGGCCGCAGCGGCACGCUCCCCUAGUCCUUCACCUUCAUCAGCCCCUGCAGCUCCCUCCCCACCGGCUGGUAAAAUGAACGGCAACAACAGCAGUCCCAAGCCGGCCUCGUCCUCGUCAGAUCCACAUCCCGGCGGUAGCAGCGCCGCGGCCGACACCGCCGCGGCACCUGCAACACCGGCAGGGCCUUGUAUCGACUCCAUCAGCGGAGGAGGAGAUGCUGCAGCGGGUAUUACUGCCGGGGUCACGAUGAUGACGGCGGCACCGCCAACACCGCAAACCAUGUCGGCGACGCCAGAUGCGCCGUCGCAAUUAACAACAGCGGCUCCGCCAGACGUGCCGACCGCCGCCUCCGCAGCCGCAGCUGUAGCACCAACGGCUCCAUCGAGCCCGGGGUCUACCCAACCGACUGGAGCGGGCAUACCCGCUGCUGCCAACGCGGCGCCAGCGAGCAGCAGCAGCUCGCCGGCAUCCCCCAGCCACUCGCAAUCCGCAGCCACAGCCCCGUCGGUAACAUCGCCGCAGUCGCCACCGCCGCCGCUUCAAGCCGCCGCUGCCCUGCAGGCCGUAGGGGGAGCCUCAGGUAGCGGGGCGGUCGUGUCGCCGGCGCCAGGAGCUGGGACCGGCCCCCCACCAGCACCACCGGGCUCCAUGGGCGGUGGCGCCACCGCCGCCGCCACCGCCGCAACCCUGGCUGCUGCUCCCGCAGCCGCCAGCCCCCCCGCCGGGGGCCCAGUAGGGACAGCACCGCCUCCUUCCCCGCCCGCCGCCGCAGCAACGCCUCUGGCAGCGGCAGGAGCGCCCUCCACCUCCUCCCCCCCACCGCCGUCCUCCUCGGCCGCCGGACCCGGGCACGCCGCCCAUGCCGCUCAUGCCGCCGCUACGCAUCACCCCCCAACCUCAACCUCGCCCCCUUCCUCCACGGCCGCCGUCAACGCCGCCACCAUCAGCUCCGCCAGUUCGGGUUUCCAGCUGCGACCCAUCCACGUGGUCAUCUUCGCGGCCAUCUUUUUGGGCGGCGCGCUGUUCGCGGCCCUGACGCUGCAGUUUACCGCGGAUUUGGACUUCCAAGCGGCGGUUACGACGGUGGUACGGCGGGUGACGCGCAGUGUGGCCUUCCGGCAGCUGUGCGUUAUUGCGGGUGCCAUCUGCCUGGUGCGCUUCGGACUGAAUAACGUGUUGCGGGCGUUGGCCAAGUUCUCGUCCAACCCGGUUCAGUGGGACAAGUCCAAGGUGUACUACAUCCUCAAGGAGGUGUACCAGCCACUGGAGCUGUUGCUGUUCAUCGCGGCCAUAUGCACCAUUGCGGAUUCAUUCGUUCCGCAACUCAUUGCCGUACCGAGGUCCACUGUGUCAACGGUAGUUCGCUCCACUCUGUCAGUCAGCUUCAUUCUGGGGGCAGCCACCGUGGUGCUCAACCUCAAGUCCAGGUUCUGUAAGGAGAAUGCCUGGCAGAGCGAGAUGAACGGCGAUGUGACGGCGCAGCGGCGGUGGGAGGCGUACGACAAGUUGGGCACGUUUGUCAUCUACACCAUCACGUUUGUCCUCGGCAUCCAGGCGCUUGGGCUCGAAGUCACCUCCGUGUUGGCCAUCGGAGGUAUUGGUGGUCUCGCCAUCGGUCUGGCGGGUCGGGAGAUCUGUGAAAACAUCCUCAACGGCUUCCUCAUCAUGUCCACGAGCCCGUUCGAGGUCGGCGAUGAGGUUCACUUCUUCCACUCCAACAAGGUGGUGGAGGGCAUGGUGCUGGACAUUGGCUGGUACCGCACCACCAUACGCUCCUACGAGCGGGAGGUCUUCGUCAUCCCCAAUGCCGUGUUCUCCAAGAACAUAGUGCUCAACAUCACGCGCAAGAACCGCGAGUGGCGGUUUUUCGAGAUGAUCUGCGUGCGGGUGCAGGACGUGCACAAGGUAAACACCAUCAUCCAGGACAUCCGUCGCAUCGUUCGUAACGACCAGCGCAUCAUCACGAAGCUGCACCGCCGGAUCUUCCUGGACAAGCUAACCCACGAGGACUGCCGCAUAUACGUGUCCUUCUACGUUGAGGCUCAGAACCGCGAGUCCUUCAUGGCGGUGAAGCAGGACCUGCUGCUGGCCUUUGUGGACUGUGUGGAGCGCAACGGGGCCAAACUGGCGGUCCCGAGAACUACGGUUCAAGUGGAGCCCGAGGUGGUUGAGGCGCUGUCGCCCAUGCUAGGAGCCGCCGCGGCUAUGGCGGCGGCCAAGGUCACCAUGGACGUUCAGCAGGCGGCGGGGAAUGCCGCUGCCGCGGCUGCGAGGGCCCUCACAGAUGGCCGUACCAUUACGGCUGAGGUGACGGCGGUGCCGUCGACGAGUUCGCCGUCCAGCGGGGCAGGCGGUACGACGGCUACGUCAGGCAAGGCAGCGGCGACGGCAGCGGGGCCGCCGGGGAGCCCGGGCAAGAGCAUCGGUGGCGGCGGCGGCGGUAACGGCGGCGGUGGCGGCAGCUCGCCUGGCUCUGUGGUUGUGACGGCGGAUGCAACGACGGCAGCGACUGCUAGCGGCGGCGGCGGCGGCGGCAGUGGCGGCGGAACCGCACAGGCUGCGCCGCCGGCGCAGGGAUCCUCCAAAGCAACUGCCGUAGCUGCAGGUGCUAUUGUUAUGCCCAGCGGCGGCGCUGGUGGCGCAGCUGCCGGCAGUAGCGGUAGUGGUGGUGGUGCUGCCGCUGCUGGCCAAAUUGGCAGUGGUGGUAGCUCCUCGCCACCCGCCGUUGUCGUACAGCUGGUUGACACGUCAGCCCCGGGCACUGGGGUUGGCUCCGGAACCGUCGCCACGGUCGUCACCCGCUUCAGCACCCCGCCGAAACCGACCCAGCCAUCGCCCGCUACCGCCUCUGCCUCGGCUGCAUCACAACCUGCUACAGCCGCUGCCUCGGCUGCCGCUGCUACAGCCCCCGCCGCUGCCAGCGCAGUACGGCGGGACAGUGUCACCGCCGCGGACUUCGUUAUGACCCUGGACGUAGAGGAAAGCGAUGCGGAAGAGGAAGACAGCGUUGUUACCGUCGCCAGUAGUAGCAGCAGCAGCAGAAGCGGCAGCAGCAGUGCAGGCGGUGGCGGCGGCGGCAGUAGCGGCGGCAGCAUGGUCAUCCUGGCCAGCUUUGACGACUUGGACGUCACCCAACCCCCGUCGCCGUCGGCGCCGCCGCUGCCCCCGUCGGCAGGAAGCUCAGCCGGGACAGUGAACACCACCGUAGCGACGAGCAGCAGCAGCAGCAGCAGCGGCGGCGCUCCUUCCGGUAACGCAGCAGUCCCCGGUGCUGCUGCCGCCCGGGCGUCGGCGCAACCCGUCGUACUAGCGGCGGCCUCUGGCGGCGGUGUUAGCAGCAGCGGAAGCUCUGCCUCCGUAAAGCCCUAA